AUGAACAAACGACGUGAUUUGAGUGUGGAAGAAAAAUUAGAUGUUCUUAAAAAACAUGACAAGCUUCAGAAAAUGAGCCAGCGACAAGCAGCAUGUAAGGCAUUACCUGAGCACACUUACGCGUUUAAAAAUGAAAAAACUAGAGGAACUAAAACUAGUAAAGAACGUCUAACCAUAUUAUGUUGUUCAAGUAUGGAUGGUGAAAAAAGAAAACUACUUGCGGUUGGUAAGAGUAAAAAUCCCCGGUGUUUCAAGGAUGUUACGAAUCUACCGGUAGACUAUACUGCAAACAGUAAUGCACGAAUGACAAAAGAAAUUUUCACCGAAUGGCUGACCAAGUGGGACAAUGAACUUCGUCAUGACGUUUUAUUGCUAGUCGAUAACUGCACGGCUCAUGUGGUUACAGUGAAAUUCGAACAUAUUAACCUCGUAUUUUUACCCUCUAACACUACAUCAAUCAUACAACCGUGUGAUCAAGGGAUUAUACGCACUUUUAAAGCUUAUUACGGAACAGGCAUGAGAAAGAAUGUGAUCAAUGUGAUUGAUGCUAACCUGGGACAAGAAUUAUCCUACAAAGCGUGGAAUAUCGUCAGUAAAAUCACAAUACGUAAUUGUUUCCGACACGGUGGUUUCAUUCUCAGUUCAAAAGAAGUUGAAGCUCCUGUCGAAAAACCCAUUGACCUAUCAACUGAACUUUGUAAAGAAUGGAUAAAUAUUGACGAAGAAGUCCAAAAUACCGAACACGUUACCGAGGAAGAAAUAUGUGAGGAACCUGAUGAGAAACCACCAUCAACUAAACAAAUGCUAGAAGCGCUUCAAAUUGUACGUAGAGGAAUUCAGCAAAGAGGCGAUUUUGACGUAUUCUAG